AUGCCGGCGGCUCACACUCGCGACGGUUCCCGAGACCGGGAGCUCGUUGUCAGACAUCAAUCAAUUCCCAUGUGGGACAGUUCAGACCCCGAACGGGCGCCUCCACCGCUGCCCAUGAACCCCGGUUCGACCAGCCCGGCGACCAAGGGCAACGUUUCGCCCGGUAUCCAAGCGAUGGCGGCCACAUUUACAGAGAAGAUGCGGGAAAACGCCCCAAGUCCAUACAUCUCCAAUCCCAUGCCACCCAAGUCUUCGCCAGAGAAGUCUCUGAUCAAAGGCCAAUUCCACAAGCGCAUGCAGUCCUUUCAGAAUAGCCCGGAUCCGCGAUCCGAGUUCUUAAACUAUCUAGAGAGCAAAUCGCCGGAACGGCCCCAACGAGCGUCAACGUUUGAUUCAACGACAAAGUUGCCGGAGAAGAGUCUAAUGAAGUCUGAGAUAGAAGAGCCGGAGUCAGAGCCCGAGCCCCCGAACUUGCUCAUCUCGCCCCGUUAUCUCUCUAAACCGAUUCUCGGGGAAAGCACCCCGCCCUCUGCCACCAUGCUCGCACUGCAGAACAUGCAACUGCCCUGCGAGCCUGAUUCGCAACCGAAGAGCGUCGAGUCGGAUCCGUUCGUAGGGCCGAGCCGUCCUCCAAACUAUAGCUUCGAAUCCUUGUCUACGCAAAUCCACAGUCUUACCGAUAUCGCCAGCAACCUCCAGCGCGAAAUGGCCCAACUGAGCCGCCGAAGCAAAGACAAUGCGACAGACCUCGUUAGCCUGAAAGCCGCCACGAAUGCACGAGACGAGGAUAUCCGGAAAAGCCUCCGGGAGCUAUCCUCCAACUUGAAUUCGAGAUUCUUGGAUGCUGAUGCUGCCACAAGGUUUGAUUUCAGUACUCUCCUGGGUUCUGACAGUGGUGUUAACCAUAGGGAAUCGGAUAGUUCUCCGAACUCGAAGAAGAGCUAUGGACGGAUGUCAAGUCCUAAUCCCUUCGCGGCGGCAAUGGAACGCGAGUUGGCCGCUUCGCCUACGCCCAUCUCAGAUGGCUCGGCCAGUAUUGCGCUGUUGGAGAAGGUACUCCGGGAGAUGGCCACCAAGGAAGGCCAGGAAAAGAUUACGGAAUUGGUUGACGCGAUUAAAGCCCGCCCCGUCUCGGACACUCCCGGCGAACCACUUGAUAGUAGGAUCACAAAGAUGCUGGAGGAGAUCCUGAGUAUCGUCAAGGAUGAGUGGGAGAGCAAGGCUUUGGUGCGGACACGUGCACCCUCUGUCACCGGUACUGCUGCUUUCAAGACAGGCAGAUCAAAAUCCAUGGACCCGGAGCAUUUAUAUGCUCCAGACCUCGACAUGGUUCACGGGGACAAUGGCCGACUAUCAACACGCUCCAUGUCUCACUCUGACGAGCAGACAACGGAGGAAAUGCUAUCAAUCAUGCGACGUGUGAAAAACAGCGUGAUCGAAGGAGGUGGGAUGACCAAUGAAGUGAAAGCACUGGUGCGCGAGUUGCGCGGCGAGGUGCUGGGCAUGGGGCGAAACCUGGCUCGGAAACUGGAAGAGAUUGAGAUAGCUCGCGAGGCCGCAGAGGACAAGCCAGCAGGUCCCGGAAAGGAGGAGAUCUCCGCCAUUGUCAACGACAGUCUGUGCGAGCUGAGGGAGCAGUUGGAAGCAAUCAUGAGCGAAAAUAAGCAGCAUUCAUCGGCUUUGUCAGAAUUCCGCUCCGCGAUGGACGGCAACCAGAUAUACUCCAUUGUCCAGCGGGCCUUUAAUGAUCUCAACUUAUCACACCUGCGGGAUGAGCCGAGGGGCGCUACGAUGGAGAAGGAUGAUAUCUUGGACGCAGUUAGAGAUGCCUGGGAAACGUACAAGCCCGAAAUUGAGUUGGAGAACUUUGGACUUGAACGUGAUGAGAUCCUGGAAUGUCUGUCAGAAGGUCUCAAAGCCUAUCAGCCGCGGCAUGAAGACGCUGUCACAUAUGAUCAAGUCCUGGCAGCUGUACAGGCGGGUAUGCAACAGUUCGAACAACCGCCCACUAUCACCAAGGACGAGAUCGUGCACACGAUCCGCGAAUGUCUCGAAACCUCCCAAACUGCUACUAGAUCUGUCCAUGACGAGAAGUUGGAUGCUAUUCGGGAAGAUAUACUGCAGGCAGUUACCGAAUCCGUAGCAUCCCAGAGUGCACUUACGAGGCAGUCACUUGACUCUGGCCUUGGUCGCGAAGAAAUCAUGAGCGCGGUCGCGGAGGGUAUCCAAGCGCACUUCAGCUCUGCUCGUCAGCUUGAGCAACCGCACGUCACCAAGGAGGAUGUCGCCAGUGCCGUCAACGAUGCAUUCUAUGCUCAGCAGUCGACUCUCAGUACCAAUGUCCAGCCUACGGUUUCCCGCGAUGAGAUUCUCGCCGCUAUUGCCGAGGGCCUCGAGGCCCAGAACAGCAUAACCCGCGAGAUCGAAUUAAACAAGGAUGAUCUCAUGGAAGCUAUCUCAGCUGGUCUUCACGAGGCCAACGCCGAAAACCACAACGUCGGGGACCAGAUCCUUGAACGAGUCCUGGAGCACCAUGACGGUAUGAGAGAGGAACUGAAGCAGCAGUCUCUUGCCAAAGAGAACGACACCAUACAAAUCCUGGACGCAAUCAAGGACGGCAUCGCUGUGGUGCGACAGGAGGUCGAAGGCUACGCUGCUACCGCCGCCGAAGCCUCUGGCUCGCAUGAAAUCAUGGACACCGUGAAGGAAGGCUUCCGACUGCUCCAGGCGGAUAUGGAAAGGACAAUCGCUGAGAGCGUUGUGGCCAGUGUUCCCCGCAACCCGGAUACUCCAGAACUUCUCGAUGCAAUGGAGAAGGAGUUUGAGCACCUUCGAUCUACAAUUAGCACUCUCCUUCGGACAGAACAGAGCACCUCAACUGAUAAGGAGGAAAUCCUCGAUGCCAUUCGCGAUGUCUCGGAGGCUCAGAAAGCCCCUAAGAGCCAGGAUAUUGCCACCAUUAUCAAACAGGAGUUUGAGCAGCUCCGGGAGUCGAUGAAUAUGAGUCUUGUUCGUGCGGAGCCUCAAGCGCCGAAGAGUGACAAAGAGGAAAUCAUUGCCGCUCUCCGUGAGAACCUCGAUUCUUUCCGGGCCGAGAAGAGUGAGAGAAGUGACAAGGAUGAGAUCAUUGCUGCGCUUCGCGAGCAUCUCGAAAGCUUCCGUGGCGAGCGGACCGAUAAGGACGAGAUCAUUGCCGCUUUCCGUGAGAAUCUUGAGACUGCCCGGGGCGUGCAGAGCGAGAAGAGUGACAAGGAUGAGAUCAUUGCCGCUCUUCGCGAGCAUCUUGAAAGCUUCCGUGGCGAGAAUAGAGAGACCACUGACAAGGAUGAAAUUAUUGCCGCUCUUCGUGAGAGCUUUGACACUUUCCGGGGUGAGAAGAGCGAGACAAGUGACAAGGAUGAGAUCAUUGCGGCGCUGCGCGAGCAUCUGGAAAGCUUCCGUGGCGACCGGAUUGAUAAGGACGAGAUUAUUGCCGCUCUACGGGAAAAUCUUGAGACUUUCCGUGACGAGGGUAGUCGUUCGCGGGACCUUGGCGAGAAUGACUUCUCAACUGGUGACCUGAUCGACGUUUUUAACGAUGGUGUUGGUAAUAUUCGGGACGACCUAGGCAAACUGUUGGAGAGACCAGUGGAGUUCGAUUACAACGAGCUUCUUGACACUCUGAAGGAAGGACUUAGCAGUCUCAAAGCCGACGUCGAGAUGUUGCGCAAGUCUCAGCUGGACGCCGAGGAUGUUACCACAACCAGAGGCGGAGAGCUGAUGCUUGCCAGUCAAGCCAAUCAACAUAUUCCACACAAUCAACCCGACAUCAGUAGCGACAUGGAAGCGCUCAAAUCUCUCAUUUCCCAGCUUCAAACGAAGGUCGAAGCCAUUGAAUCCGCACCGCGCGCCGCGGAACCAGCCACAGACGCGCUCAAGAAAGAACACCUGGAUGAGGUCCUGGCAGGCCUACACGAGCUCCAGGGCUCUGUUACGGGCAUUGUGGCACGCGAGAACCCUGCAGAUGAGACCACAGCCAAGAAGGAGGACACGGACGCGAUCGAGACGUUGUUGCGGAGCACGAAGGCUCAGCUCGACGAGAUGAAGUUCCCCGCCGCGGAUGAGCUCGCCAGAGCCGAGCAGCUUGGCAGCUUGGAAUCCAUUGUCAAGGAGACGAAGGAAGCCCUAUUCGAACUAAGCACCCGCUUGGAAGCUGAGGGCCCUACCAAGUCCGAGAUUGGUACCUUGGAGACUCUGAUGAAGGAUAUGUGGCUGGCCCUCGACGAGUUGAAAGGCAAAAGCCCGGAAGACGCGAGCGACACCGAGAAAUUGGUCAAGGCCGACCUACAGACGGUAGAGGCCAUGAUAUUUGAAGUGAAAACCCAGAUCGAUGAGCUGAAGCUGCCGGACCCGGAGACCUUGCCUACCAAGACGGAGGUUCAAGAUCUGUCGGCCCUGGUCACUGAGUUUAAAGAGAAGGUGGAGGCUGAGAAUGAAUUGACAGCACAAGGAUUCGAGGCCCGCAAGGUGGAACACGCCGGUCUCGCUGAAAAGAUCGAGGAGGCCAAGGCUGUGGUCGAAGGACUUGGUGAUGAACUCAAGAGCAAGCUAGAUGGAAGUAGUGAGGGUCUCUCUGAGCUGAAGCAGCUUCUGGAAGGCUUAGCAGUCUCGGCGGAGAGUUUUACGACAGUCGAAAAUGUUAAGGAACUCACAGAACUCAUCAAUCGCGAGUUCGAGCGCGCACGCGGUGAACAGGACGCGCACAAACUCGAAAAGGAGGAGCGCGAUGCCGCUUCUCUUGUCAAGCAGGACGAGACCAGAGCGGCAAUUAUAGUGGAGCUUGGAGCGAAGAUCGACGAGAAACUGGGCGAAGUCAUGGCUAAAUACGACGACAUGCAGACUGCGAUGGAUACGAAAUUCUCGGAGUCUGUCGAACGUGACAACGCCCACCUUGAAGCCGCAACUGAUACCAAAUCUCUUGCAGAGGACAUUAAGCUUGUUAUCGGUACCAUGGGCGACAGCGUUAAUGAGGCUUGUGAGCGCAUCAGUGAGGAUACCAAGUCCUUCCUGGAGAAGGUGGAUGUCUCCUACAACAAGAUGGAAGAGAUGCACAACGAAGUGAAGACCCAGCAGGAACAGGCCCGAUCCGACAUUGAGCGGGCUGCCGCUGCCACAGAUCGUGUGGAAAGCAAGCUGCAUGAGUUCCAUCCGCAAGUCUUGGAAUCUAUCCAGGAGAUUCUCAAUAUUGUCGGACAGCAUUACGAUCACUCGCAAAAGUCGGCUGAGGCUAUCAAGACCGACUUGUCUGCCCUUCCUUCGACUAUUCCCCAGAUGCUCCCCGCUUUACCACCGCCUGAGCCGGAAAAGUACGAUGACAGCAAGGUCCAGGAGAAGCUGGACAACCUAUUGCAUCAUGCGAAGAAUGAGAAGGUGCAGGAGGCCCUGAACAUCCUGGUUGAGCGGGUGACGAACGACCAAGUGCACGAGAAACUUGAUCAGCUCCUCAGCCAGACUACUAGCACCAAUAGUCAGAUGUAUGACAAGUUGGAUGAGCUGCUCAACCACGCUGCGGAGAACAAUGGGCCAAUUCACGAUAAGCUCGAUACCCUCAUCGAUCACGCAACAAAUACCGAUCAGUCCGUCACGCAGAUGAUGAAGCUGGACGAGAUGCACAAGGAUAUUAUGGAGACGUCCCGCAAGAUGACCGAGAUGUUUGCAGCUCAGUCCGCAAUGGUGGCCGAAGAUAACGAACGCAAACGCCGCGAGGCGGAAGAGGCCGCGGUUGCUCUGGAGAGGAGAAACGCACAGAAAGAGCAAGUGGAAUCCGAGAUUGUCGACCUCAAGGAUGAGAAGGAGUCUCUUCUGAAGAUGAUCCAGACCCUGAAGGCCGAGAAGGAGGACCUUGUUAAGCAGACUACGAAACUUGGCAAGGAACUGUCCAGCUUGGAGAUGGCUCUCGAGCUCCGCCACGAGGAGAUGCAGGUCAUGGAGGAUCGCGCAGACAGUCUCGAGAAGCGCAUCUUGGAAGGUGUUCUCGACCACGCUCGCAGCGUUUUGCUCAGCCGGCCCAACAAUGGUCUGAACAUGAAGAAGUCGCGGGGCUCUCGGGCUCGAGGUCCUAGUGCUGCUGGCACUUCCAGCACUGUACGGGAGGCUCGGAAUAUCUUGACGUUGGUAUGGCGUUAA